CGUCAAAGUUGGCUAGAUUGCUAUACCGUGGCUCUGUCUAGUUGAAACGAGUUCCACGACGGCACUUAUCUGAGACUAUCGAAGUGAUCAACAUGUCUGUUACGCGAUUCUCGAAAAUUCUUUUCUCCCGCGUAUCACAAGCGGCUCGAUUUCCGCAACAAUUCGCUGCGCCUACAAUUAGAUAUUACUCUUGUCAAACGAAUAAUUGGGAGUACCUCAAGGUCGAGACUGCAGGUGAAAAGAACAAUGUGGGUCUCAUCACUUUGAACAGACCCAAAGUCCUAAAUGCUAUAUGCAAGGGAUUAAUGGUCGAGUUGUAUCACGCCAUGGAACAUUUCGAUAAAAAUCCUGCUGUCGGUGCCAUCGUUAUCACUGGGAGCGAAAAAGCAUUCGCUGCCGGCGCGGACAUCAAGGAAAUGAAGGACAAUACAUUUUCAAAUAACGAGAAGGUCAGCUUCUUGCAUGACUGGGAAAAUGUUUCCAAAAUAAAGAAACCUAUCAUCGCCGCUGUAAACGGUUACGCUUUGGGUGGAGGCUGCGAAUUGGCGAUGAUGUGCGACAUCAUCUACGCCGGCGACAAGGCAAAAUUCGGUCAACCGGAGAUCAUCAUCGGUACGAUUCCCGGAGGAGGUGGUACUCAGAGAUUGCCCAGGUACAUCGGUAAAAGUAAAGCAAUGGAGAUUGUGCUCACCGGUAACCAAAUCACCGCCGAGGAAGCCGAAAAGUGCGGUUUGGUCAGUAAGGUCUUUCCGGCUGACAAACUCAUUGGAGAGGCAGUAAAACUAGGCGAAAGAAUCUCCUCCCAUUCGCAAAUAAUCGUUGGCUUCGCCAAGAGAGCGGUUAAUACCGCGUAUGAAACUAGUUUACAACAGGGCAUUGUAUACGAGAAACAAUUAUUCCACUGUACAUUCGCCACGGCGGACCAGAAGGAGGGAAUGGACGCUUUCAUGGAGAAACGUUCGCCGAAAUUCACGAACGAGUAAACGCGCAUUUACCCGCAAAUAAAAUAAAAUAGCGCUUUGUAAGCGCAAACAUGAACGAUUCAACGCUCUGAAAGUAUCCGAAAGGAAUAUUUUUAUAUCACGUAUUUACGAGAUAAUACAUAUAAUAGAUAUACUAUUUUGUUAUAUUUGUUACGAAACUUCUUUAAAUAAACUGUUUUUGCAAGGAA